CUGCCCCCUGGCGGCCUCGCCUCAGCCGGGCCUCAUGGGGCGAGCCGCGGCGAGCCGGGCGCGGCGGUCCCGGAGGGGCAGCGCCCCCACAGCUUCCCCCGUGGUCGGGAGCCGAGGGGGGCGAGGGAAGAAGGCGGGAGGCUCCCGGACGGAGCCCGGGGAGAAGGAGGCGGCCCCCGGGCCCGACGCCUUCGAUCUAGGGGCGCAGAGCGGGCGCUGGGCCGCCUUCCGUGAGCGGCACCGGCUGAGCUGCGAGGAGGCGGCGCGGCUGCUGCUGGACGCCUUUGAAUACAGAGGUUUGGUCAAACACACAGGAGGCUGUCACUGCGGAGCCAUCCGCUUUGAAGUCUGGGCUUCAGCAGAUCUGCAUGUUUUUAACUGCAACUGCAGCAUUUGCACAAAGAAGCAGAACAGACACUUCAUUGUCCCAGCUUCGCGUUUCAAGCUGCUGAAGGGUGCUGAUAAUUUGACAACAUACACCUUCAACACACAUCGUGCCCAGCACACAUUCUGCAAGACCUGUGGUGUACAGAGCUUUUAUACUCCUCGCUCUAAUCCCGAUGGUUACGGAAUAGCUCCCCAUUGUCUGGAUGAAGGCACCGUGCACAGCAUUGUUACGGAGGAUAUCAAUGGCAAGGAAUGGGAGAAGGCAAUGAAGGAACAUAAGACCAUCAGAGACAUGUCAAAGCCCUGAUAUACCCGUCCAGCGGCUGAACUUGGAGCACUGCCACGGAAACGUAGCUUGGGCUUUCCUGGGUGGUGACAUUACCUGUUUUUUGUUUCUUACGUAAAUCUUUCUGUUUCCUGUCCCAUUCAUUUGUGACUCCCAGUUUUCAAACUACCUCUGUUCCAUAAACUACCCCAGUGGUGGUAUUUUGGUAGUUUGCCUUUAGCUAUGGUAAAGUUUAAAUCAAAAUAAACAGAACAAAGGUUUAAAAAAAAA